GUAAGUAAGCGGACCCAAUAAUCAUGCGCCAUGGAGAAUGAGUCAACUCGAUACAAUAACACAAAGACUACAGUCGCACGCGUUGUAUCAUGUACGAGUUAUACAUUAUGAGCACAGAUCCUUCGACAUCAUACGAAACAUCUUGCAGGAGCUAUGUUUGUGAACGGCGGGGACGGUUCUCCGUGAGAUAAGCAUCGACCGCCUUGUGAUAAAAGAACUCCAAGACAUAUGACCAGGAUGUAGUCAGCGAGGAAUGGCGCAACUUCUGUCGGCCCGCUGCAAGAGUCCUCAUAUAUGCCCCGGGGACGGGAGGUGUAAGGCAAUCCCCACCUGCACCUCCACUGCACAGUAUGGCACCGACAGCAUUUCUGCUCGUCUUCUCCGAGCCCGGACCGGGCGUGCCCGAGGAGGAGUACAACGACUGGUACGACAACGAACACAUCCCUCUCCGCGUCAACACACCGGCGUUCCUGAACUGGACGCGCUGGAAGGCUGUCGACGGAGAGAAACCAACGUACGGAGCGUCUUAUGACCUCGAGUCGUAUGAAGCGACAAAGAAGGCGCCGUACACGACGCUCGCCGAGACGAGGAGUGAGAGGGAGAAGGACAUACUGAAGAAGAUCCAGCUUCUUGACAGACGCCAUUACGAGCUCAUCGAAACCCCGUCUUAUCCCCCGUCGGCACUCUACGACGAGGCGAACCCCGCCUCAUACGUUGUCUUCGUCUCAUUGGAGGUGAAGCCGGAGCUAGAGGAGGAGUUCAACAAGUGGUACCACGACGAGCACAUACCAUUGCUCGCCAAGGUCCCUGGGUGGGUCAGGAGCAGGCGGUUCGUCUUGAAGGACUGCGGACAGAUGGGGGUAGAGGGGCAGAAGGAACAGAAGCAACCGCCCAAGUACUUGGCGGUGCACGAAUGGGCCUCGAUGGACGGCUUUGAGACCCCCGAAUACAAGACAGCGUUAUCGACGCCGUGGACGGAGAAGAUCUUUGCGGGCGUAGUAGCAAAGGAGAGGAGGGUGAUGCAGUUCUCGAAGAAGUGGGCGAGAUUAUGAUAGGAUGCAGACGGCCGGGCUUGGGCCGUGCGAGUAUGUAACGACGUGCGGGGGCCGGUGGUCUGUCCAGUGUACAAGAAUUCCGAAGCUUGAGUCCGACUACGAUACUCAUAGUCGACGUCCCCGAUAAUCAGGAUGCCCAGCCUCAGGCGCAAAGCGGUGCAAGACAUUAAUUGCAAGGACGCACGAGGUACAUGUGAGUGGAACAUCGUCAAUGGCAAGCACGACGGGCGCGGAGUAGUACGGUAUGGUCCUCGUACGGACCAACACUUGCAACUUCCAGCCUGCCAGGCUGAGCCUGAGCGCACCUCGCGAACCUCUCUUAGUACCUGACAAUUCCUCACACGAUGCACUCGUCGCCAGGCUCCAGCGCCCGACAGGGAUGGUGGGAUACGUUGACUGCUCCUUCCGUU